AUGGCUGAAGAUUUGGACACGAUUGAAAAUAAGGAUCUACCGAUACGUCCACCUCUGACGGAGGAACGCUAUGAUGUCACAACGGGCGCCAGUGGCGUGGCUUCCAUUGCGACAGGGGCAGUCGUGGUGUAG